UUUUCUGAAGUGUUUCGCCCGAGUUUGUACUCUGAACUCUCUUUCUGUCUAUAGCUAAGCUAACGCGGACAAACAUACCUUCGUCGUUUCCGUUGGAAGGGAAGAAAAGUAUACAAAUUAUUCAAAUAUUGGAUCGGCUUCGAUUGAGUCGGUCAUAAAAAAGUUAUUAUGGGAUUGGGAAAGCGUGAUGAAGAAAAUCCGGUUUCGGAGGAUGAAGCAGAAGCUGAAAAGCAGAAAUUGAGACCUGAAGCAAGUGUAGAGAUGGAGAUGAAGAAGUUACCUUUGAGGGUAAAAGAUGCAAAUUAUCCAGAGGUAAUACCAGGCCAUAAUGAACCGCUACUUAAAAGCCAUCAUCUUAAGUACCUGCUGCUGGGAUUCAAUUGCUUCAUUUCAACCUUGGGUCUCGUUAUGCUGUGCGUAGCGAUAUGGGUGCGAGUUGAUCCCGAAUUCUGGGAAUACGAGUCAACUUUAGAUGUGGAUAAUCUCAAGACAGUCUGCUUCAUGUUCAUGGUGGCUGCCAUUGUUAUAAUAAUCAUCGGCUUCAUAGGAUGCUUUGGGGCCGUCGCAGAGAAAAGAUGGUUGUUGAUUUUGUACAUUUUGAUCUUUGGCCUCGUUUUUGCCAUCCAGUUAGCAGCGUUGAUUCUCAUGUGGUAUGCCCCCUACAGCUCAACUAUUAAAGUUGAACUAGAGAAGCAAAUUCUAAAACAAAUUAAGGAAAGAACUACAGAUGACUCAUCGAGAUAUUUCGUGGAUUUCAUUCAAGAGCAUUUGGAGUGUUGCGGUUCAAUUAGCCCUAGGGAUUAUGUACCAGGAGAUUUAACUCCUAAUUCUUGUCAAAGGAGUGAUACAGGAAACUUACAUGAAAUCGGUUGUGCAACGAAAAUGUUGUCUUACAUAAGGAAAAAAGCUGGGAUAUUUGGUGGCAUAGCUCUACCCAUUUUGUUGGUACAACUUCUAGCCCUGCUGGCAGCUGGUUGUCUCAUCAGAAGUUUAAAAAUGGACUCCGGAUACGAGAUGUAAAAUACACUUACUUAAUACACCCAAUUACUGAUUUGAAUUUUGUAAGGAACAUUAUGAGCUAACGCAGGACAAGUGAUAAGAAAUUAUGCAAGAGCCUGCCAAAGAAACGAUGACAUACUCGAUACUUAACAUUUCGAGUAAACAUAGCCUGAUGGGAUUUCUUUCAUUAUUUUAAUGCUUACUGCCAAAAAAAAACGCAUAAAAAUUGUAAUGCACUUACUUUUUAUAUGUUUCUGAUUUGAGUGUAAUAUUGAUAUUUUUGUGUCUUUUAUAAAAUAAUCCCUUUUGUUUUAUAA